CUCACUUUCAAGACAAAACCAAUACAAGCAAGCAUCGGCUAUUUUCUCUCUCCUCCCCCCUUCUCUCUCUCCCUCUCUGCUAGUAUCAAGAAAAAAACAGCCGUUGCAGAGACAUGCAGUUCAAGAGAAUCAAAGCGGCGCAAAAGGGAACAAGCUGAAGGGGAAUCAGGUUCUCUUGAAUUCACUGGAUUACCCUUGUCUCUCUCUCUCUCUCUCUCUCUCUCUCUCUCUCUCCUCUCUCUCUCUCUCUCUAUAACUGGUACGUCCUGAUCUCUCUCUCUCUCUCUCUCUCUCUCGCUCUUUGAUCAUGUUGAAAGAGAAAGAUCUCUCUGCUGAUGGAGGGGAAAUUUCUCAGAAAAAGCUCACAAAUCACAUUUCUGAACAAAACCUGGAUAACCCAGAUGAGAAAAUCGGUUUUCCUGAAAAGGGUAUUGAUUUCCUGAGGGAAUCAGACAUGGGUAAUGAAGGGUUUAAGUCAAACCCUUCAAAGACUGGGAAUUCUGGGUCCCAAGAGCUAACCCUAAGCUACCUCUGUGAUAAUUCCAAGCUUGUUUUUCCCGAGAAAGAGAUUCCCUGGAAAAACUUGCUGAAUUCUUUUGAGAAAGUGAGUUACAAAGGGAAAGAAGUAGUUUGUGAGGAUCAAAAUCAGGAGAGUAAUGGAUGGGUAGAGAGGGAUUUUCUUCAGUUGAAUGAGGUUAAGGGGAAUUCAUCAAAGAGAGAUGUUGAGGAUGAUGAAAUUGACCGAGAGAAUAGGGAUAAGAAACCUAAGAUAGAGACUCUUAAUCUUUCUCUAGGUUUGCCUGAUGUGUCUCUCUCGCUAGCCGCUUCGAAUCCUGUACCAAAAUCCGUACCGAAUCCCGAUCCCCCGGCGGCUAGGCCUAGUAGGAGUAUCCAGUCUUUGGCACCAUCAAAUAAUAAUACCCAAACAACAUACUCUAACGAUUUUACAGCAGCUUCGAUGUCGUACUCGUAUUCCCACCCUUUUUCACACAAUCCUAGUUGCUCCCUCACUCGCAAUUCCACGGAGAACUAUGAGGGUUCAAUGGGGAGUUACAGGAGAGACUGCGAACAGAUUUGGAAUGGUGGGGAGGGGACUAAUGGUUCUGUCCAUAGUCGAUUUAGGCCGGUUGGAGAUGGGGUGGCAUUAUCCAAUCACGGCGGUGGUAUUUUCGCGUUGAUGCAAGGUAAUCGCGGUGGAAUCAAUAAGGAUUCAGGUAACAACAGUAUUUAUCGCACAACAAGCUCUGAUAAUAAUCAUUCUUUUUUCCCUUCUGAGCUUCCUGCGAGGCCAAUGAUGGAAACUCAAUCGGGUGAUUCAAGAGGAAAAGGCUCAGAUCAUUUGAGAGGUGUGGAGAGUUUGGAUGGAGGAAGAGUCCGUAAGAUGUCUAGGCCAGAGAGGAUUAUUCGGGAAAUCGUAUCAGAGUCUGUACCUGCCAUGUCCCAAAUAGUUCAGGAGCUUUCAGAGGAAACCGUUGAAUCCACAAAGGAGUAUUUGAAGAAUCUCAUUGCUGAAAGGAGAGAGGAAUUAGCGAGCCUCCAGAAUAAGCUAGAAAGAAGAUCUGAUCUAACAAAAGAGACUCUCUCAAAAGCUAAUGUGAACCAAAUGGAAAUCUUGGUUUCGAUCAAAAUGGGUCUUGGAAAUUUCGUAUCCGGAAAAAGUCGCAUUCCCCUACCUGAGCUGGUGGAAAUUUUUGUACUGGAAAGGUGUAGAAAUGUCAAUUGCAAGAGGGUUUUGCCUGUUGAAGACUGUGAUUGCAAGAUUUGCUCUACAAAGAAAGGGUUUUGUAGUGAGUGCAUGUGUCCUGUCUGUUUGAACUUUGAUUGCGCUAACAACACUUGUAGUUGGGUUGGAUGUGACGUUUGUUCGCACUGGUGUCAUGCUGCUUGUGGCAUCCAAAGGAAUCUCAUAAAGCCGGGUCCCAGCUUGAAGGGGCCAUCGGGGACGACUGAAAUGCAAUUUCACUGCCUUGGGUGUGGUCAUGCUUCGGAGAUGUUUGGGUUUGUAAAGGAUGUGUUUAUGUCGUGCGCAAAGGAUUGGGGUCUCGAAACUCUAAUAAAGGAGCUUGACUGUGUGAGGAAAAUAUUUCGGGGAAGUGAAGAUUUUAAAGGGAAGGAGCUGCAUAAUAAGGCUGACCAAAUGCUCAAGAAGCUUGAAAGUAAAUUGAUGUCUCCUUUCGAUGUCUGCAGUUACAUCGUCCAGUUUUUUCACUACACAGAUGGCAUGUCAGAUUUCCCCUCUUCAAGUGUGCCCCCGAAAGAGUUGCCAGUGACUCAAACUAACCUGAGAAAAGAUGAAGCCCGCAAAACCAGCACACAGUCCCCAAAGACCUUCUACAACACAAUCUCCGCAAAUGGAAGGCCGGAUAUGUUACCUCACGAUCUUCAUCAGAGCAAUCUGAACACAACCCUCAUGGGUGACAGAAUGAUAGAGGACGAGUGGUCCGUGAAGUUGUCAAAGAAAGAUGGGUUCGACAGCUUAGAAAGCAUUGUGCGGGUUAAGGAAGCAGAAGCACGAAUGUUCCAAACGCGAGCAGACGAAGCAAGAAGAGACUCAGAGAAUUACAGACGGAUGGUUCGGAUGAAGAGUGAUAAAAUGGACGAGGAGUACGCAGAUAAGUUGGCGAAACUUUGUUUGCAAGAAACUGAAGAGCGGCGGAGGAAGAAACUGGAGGAGCUUAAGGUUUUGGAAGAUUCGCAUAUCGACUAUUACAAGAUGAAGGUGAGGAUGCAAGCAGAGAUUGCCGGAUUGUUAGAGAGGAUGGAGGCAACAAAGCAGCAGCGGGUGUAAUUCCCUUUCUGCCCUCCGAGUAACCAUUGUCCAUUUACAGUUGACGUGACUAUGGUAUGAAGCUUGUGGUUUUGGAUUCUGGGCGUUUCUUCAAAUGCAAAUUGAACGAUUGUUUCCGUUGUACAAUUUGGAAUUUUUCUUCUCUUGUUUUGCUUUCCCAUGUGCCCUCUAGCUAGUCUGACGUGCAAAAUAAGUUCUUUUUAGUAUAGAGGUGUGAGAUUCAGCAUGGAAGAGAGAGCUGAUAGUAGAAAAUAUUGAAAUGUUGCUGCACAAUGUGUAGCAAUUGUCCUUGUGGUGUUGUGUUUAUCUAUUUUGAAGGUUGAACUCUUUCGAUAGUAAUUUUUCAGCACUUCUGUGUUCCAGUUUU